ACAUGAUAUGACCAAGCAGCUAGCUACUUCCUGUGUAGACUGCUAGCCAGUUCACAUCCAGACGGCCGCAGCGAUUGUGACUGCUGUGUCAUCCAAGAUGCUGGCCCUCAUAAACAGGCUUUUGGACUGGUUCAGGUCCCUCUUCUGGAAAGAGGAGAUGGAGCUUACAUUAGUGGGACUUCAGUACUCCGGAAAAACCACAUUCGUCAAUGUGAUUGCAUCGGGCCAGUUCAGUGAAGACAUGAUACCCACAGUCGGUUUCAACAUGCGGAAGGUCACCAAAGGCAAUGUGACAAUAAAGAUAUGGGACAUAGGUGGACAGCCCCGCUUCAGAAGCAUGUGGGAGCGCUACUGUAGAGGAGUCAAUGCAAUUGUUUACAUGGUGGAUGCAGCAGAUCGAGAGAAGAUAGAAGCUUCCAGAAAUGAAUUGCACAACCUUUUAGACAAACCACAACUACAGGGAAUUCCUGUUCUAGUACUGGGUAACAAACGAGACUUACCCGGCGCACUUGAUGAGAAGCAGCUGAUUGAAAAAAUGAACCUAUCUGCCAUUCAGGACCGAGAGAUCUGCUGCUACUCUGUCUCCUGCAAAGAGAAAGACAACAUAGAUAUCACACUGCAGUGGCUCAUCCAGCAUUCAAAGUCCCGGAGAAGCUGAAA